CGCGCCGCGGCAGAAGGAGCGAAGCUCUGGCCCGGCGCGGAGUGGGCGCAGUACGGGGACGCUGGGCCGGGGCACCGGGCUGUGUGAAGUGAGCGCGCUCACCUGACCCUGAUCCCCGCCACCCCGAGCCAGAAACGGCGAGCUCCUGAGGCCCUCCCGAGGCCUUCGUUCCCCGUCCGGCGGCAGCGACGUCUUGCACCCAGCCAGCUCGCCGCUCCAGACCCUCUCGUGCCCCCGCCCUGCCUCCCCUUUUCCCCAGCCCAGCCGUGGGUCUGUGGCGGACGCAGCCCGAACAAGACCACUCAAGGUGAAGGAUAACCUACUAAUACCAGCACUUUGAAUGAGAAUUUGUUUCUCUGCCACAAAUUGAACUUUUUUUUUUUUUUUGGUGUGUGUGUGGAGGAGUUGAAACGAACCUAACUUUGUGGCAUAGCAGCUAUGCAGCUUGAAAUCCAAGUAGCACUAAAUUUUAUUAUUUCAUAUUUGUACAAUAAGCUUCCCAGGAGACGUGUCAACAUUUUUGGUGAAGAGCUUGAAAGACUUCUUAAGAAGAAAUAUGAAGGGCACUGGUAUCCUGAAAAGCCAUACAAAGGAUCAGGGUUUAGAUGUAUACACAUAGGGGAAAAAGUGGACCCAGUGAUUGAACAAGCAUCCAAAGAGAGUGGUUUGGACAUUGAUGAUGUUCGUGGCAAUCUGCCACAGGAUCUUAGUGUUUGGAUCGACCCAUUUGAGGUUUCCUACCAAAUUGGUGAAAAGGGACCAGUGAAGGUGCUUUAUGUGGAUGAUAAUAAUGAAAAUGGAUGUGAGUUGGAUAAGGAGAUCAAAAACAGCUUUAACCCAGAGGCCCAGGUUUUUAUGCCCAUAAGUGACCCAGCCUCUUCAGUGUCCAGCUCUCCAUCGCCUCCCUUUGGUCACUCUGCUGCUGUAAGCCCUACCUUCAUGCCCCGGUCCACUCAGCCUUUAACCUUUACCACUGCCACUUUUGCUGCCACCAAGUUCGGCUCUACCAAAAUGAAGAAUAGUGGCCGGAGCAACAAGGUUGCGCGUACUUCUCCUAUCAACCUCGGCCUGAAUGUGAAUGACCUCUUGAAGCAGAAAGCCAUCUCUUCCUCAAUGCACUCUCUGUACGGGCUGGGCCUGGGUAGCCAGCAGCAGCCACAGCAGCAGCAGCAGCAGCAGCAGCCAUCCCAGCCGCCGCCACCACCACAGCAGCAGCAACAGCAGAAAACCUCUGCUCUUUCUCCUAAUGCCAAGGAGUUUAUUUUUCCUAAUAUGCAGGGUCAAGGUAGUAGUACCAAUGGAAUGUUCCCAGGUGACAGCCCCCUUAACCUCAGUCCUCUCCAGUACAGUAAUGCCUUUGAUGUAUUUGCGGCCUAUGGUGGCCUCAACGAGAAGUCUUUUGUAGAUGGCUUGAAUUUUAGCUUAAAUAACAUGCAGUAUUCUAACCAGCAAUUCCAGCCUGUUAUGGCUAACUAAAAAAAAAAAAAAAAAAGUGUAUCGUACAAG